CGGUAAAUCAGGUGUCUUUGAGUGGGCGUGGAAGUUGAUGCGGCCGCGGGCCUUUGUCCCGCGAAAUGGACGCGACCGUUGAGGAGAUCUUGGUCCAGGUUGGAGAUUCCGUCACCGCGACGCAUCGGUCCUCGAGACCCGCAAAACCGACGGCGAGAUUGCAGGAAAAGCUGCAGGCGGCCGCGAAGAAGACCGAAUCAGUAAAGAAUAAUGGCUCGGAUCAGCCGGGAGAAGGCGAGAAUGCAGGCGAGAAUGUAGUCAUAAUGUUCUGGUUGGCACAUGGUCAGAUAAGACGGAGCUAGGCACGUGGUUUGAGUACUCUUUUCCUCUUAUGUUGCUUUGUCAGGUUACUUACAGUUGUGACUUUAGUCGUUAUAAAGAAUUAGGCGGUGAUGAUGAUGGUGAUAGGUAUAUGGAGGGUUCGGUCCAAUUAAAAUACGCCAAAUCAAG